AUGAUACCGGGAGGGAUAUUGGGUCUACUAAGGUUACAGCGCGUUCAUGUUAACACUCAAGAUUGGUAUCAAAAGUGUCGCAAGUUUUUGCAAUGCGUAGCAGAGGCGGCAAAGGAUGCGGCGAAUAGGUGGAUAAUCACCAACUUCAUCAGGCUAUGUAUCUUUUCCUGGCUAGGCAUUCGGCACACUUGCUGCGAUCUCUGUCAGUUCAUGGGCUCACUCAUCGAAGUGGCCGAACCUGACCUUCAGCGUACGCCUCAACCGCGAUACUCCCCAGACGAGUUGCGCCGCAUCCAAGAAGAAGACGCCUAUCUCGCACGUCUCCUAGAAGACUUGGUACUACUCUUUGACGCACGGUACGACUCGCAUGACGGCGAUCUAUUAUCUUUUGUCGACGAUGUACUAGUACCGGAGGUCAACAUCGUACUGGAACGACUGAAGCAAGAGGACGAGGCUGCACAUGCUGCGGGUAGGCGAGAAAUGGGUGUCAUCAUGGUUGAUGAAGGCGAGAACGGUUUGAUCGAAGAAGACGAAAGCGGAUCGGUUGAUGAGGUCGAUAAUGAUGCUGUAGACGAAUAA